UUGAAGUCUUCUUAUGACCCAACCAAUGUCAUUAGUGGUUUUGCAUCUGUUUCCACCUACUCCUAACUGUAUUUAUUGCUCACCCAACUUAAUGUUGCACCUUCUAUUAAAUAGCCUCACAACGAAUCUUUUAAAACCCUAAACCUCAUUAUUGUUCACAGUUCGAUGUCUCUUUUAGUGUUUUCUUAUUAAAAUGUUUGUGUUUAUAAUGUCUUCAACUUCAAGCUUACUUGCUUAAUACUUGUAAAUAUAUAUAUAUAUAUACACAGACACAUACACAAAGCGUGACUACAUGAGACAGCUCCUCUUGAAUUGCGUGUGUAAAUGACUAAAAAGGCAAAAACAAAUUUUCUUUUCUUGAGCCGUAAAUCAAUCAAUCUCUCUCUCUCUCUCUCUCUCUUUAGCCACUAAUCUCACUCUGUUUUCUCUCCCUCGUUUCUUGCUUUCAAUGGAGAAACAGUACCUCACUUUCAUUUCUUUUUGUUUCUCCAUCACCAUUUGUGGGUUCCUCAUAGUUUCUUGGCUGGCAAGAAGCAUAAUCCGUAAUGGGAUUAGAACAUUAACAUGGAGAAAGGAAACGAAGAGGAAGAAAAAGAAUCAAGAAGAUGAAAACAAAAUGUCUCUCCUGGAUUUGCCGGACUUAACCUUAGACUGCAUAUUAGAGAAGCUCUCACCAUCAGAGCUCUGUGCAAUGACUAGUGUUUGCUCCGAGCUAAGAGAUAAGUGUGUAAGCGAUCAUCUAUGGGAGAAGCAUAUGGAGACAAAAUGGGGAAGAUUGAUGGGUGAUGCAGCGAUUCAAGAGUGGAAAUCUCACGUUGCUACGAUAAUGAGAUGUCUCACAAGUAGUAGUAGUAGUAGUAGAAAGAGUAAACCAAACUGGAGUUCGAGGUUUGUUGCGAAUUUGAAACCCUUUGCAUGGUUAAGUUCAAACCAUGGUUGUGAAAACAGAGGAUCAUCAUCAUAUUUGGCACCUAUAGAUUCUGUGAUGUAUUGGUACUCGAAUCUUGAAAAUGGCAAGUUUUGGUUCCCUGCUCAAGUCUACAAUCGCGAGAACGGACAUGUUGGAUUCAUGAUGUCUUGUUACGAUGCUAAGAUCAGAUACGAUUUCAAGACUGAUACAUUUCAAGCUAGAUACUCGGCACAUGGCCGGCGAGCGGCGGAGGAAAAGGUGACGUGGCAGAGGCUGAGACCGUCUCAAGACGACACAAAGUCACGUGAUCUGCACGUGUCAGAUUGUUUGCACGGACUUCGACCUGGUGACCAUUUCGAGAUCCAAUGGCGACGAACCAAAGAGUUCCCUUAUGGUUGGUGGUUCGGAAUCGUUGGUCAUCUACAAAACUGCGACGGCGUACAAAAUUGUCGUUGCGACUCUGACGGUAACAAUUUAAUUAGUGUUUUUAUUUUUUGGUCAGAAACAGUCGAUUCGUUAAUUAAGGAAAAUAAAAUGUUUAAUGGGAUAUUAUUGGCAAUGGCAGAGAAUGUGGUGAUGGAGUUCAGACAAUUCAGACCGGAAUCACCGUGGAGAAGAACGGUGAUAAAGAGGAAAGACCACCGUGAGACGGGAAAUGAAGAAAACGGUUUCUACGGCGGAGUAAAGAAAUUGGGUACGGAGGAAGAGAUUUCUACGUGGAAGCAAUUGUGGCCAUCACAAGCCUUGGAGUAGUGUUGUAAUGUUUUUGGUUUUCAUUUAAUACUUUGCUUAAUUGUAAAUUGGUUAGGGAAGAGACUACUAUUUCGAUAUUGUCGCAGUAGUAGUCUUAAUUCCUUCCGUCGUUGACUGUAAACAGAAUUUUUUAAUCGAAACAAAAAACGACGGAAUUAUUUGUAUAAAAUAGCUUAAAGAUUUUAAGGAAAAGUGUUUAUGGCCCUAAUGCAAUUGCUUUAAGACUUUAAGAAUUU